AUCGGGGCGUUACCUGUUGAAGCAGAGAGAGGGUUAAGGUGUGGAAUAUAAACUCCAAUUUUUAUCUCUUUCAGUGGUAAUUAACCUCUUAUAGACUGGAGCAUUUCGACUAACUAGAACUAAAAAGGAUAUUUUGGGAUUAAGGUGGACUUUCGUUGGAUUAAUUGAGAAGAUUAUACAAAAAUCUUAAUUGUAAAACCGGAAGUACAAUUUCUACACAUGGGAAGCCAGAGAAGGUGACCAAAGACGAUGAAUCGAUGGUUGGUGCUCUUGACCUCCCUUGUGGUCAUCCUGCAGGGGGCACAGGUAGAGGGAACAGGAACUAUAGAGUUGAAUCUGACAUCUAUCACAAUCCCUUCACCAACGGCUGGGAACAUUGUGUUGCGCAUAUGUGCAACGACAGACAGUUCUAAGUCCGUAGCGACAGACUGCGCUACUCAUGAAGGAGAUGAACAAAUCGAGGUUAAUAUAGGGGUUGCUCCUUUCACAUUCGACGACAACCCUUAUUCACUCCCAUUCGACGUAUGGAAGGGUAUGACUAGGUUUUUCAUAUCAGUGAUAAAUAACGGCACGUUGCUAGAUACGCUGACGUUUAACUUGAUCAAAAACAAUACAUACGCAAGUGGAGACUCGGGGAUUUCGGAGAUAAGUCGAAUUCUACAGGGCACACUGACAAAUCAAACUAGCCUUACAUUAAUAGCAUGGCCGAUUUGUAACCCAGACUACUACAGUGGUAACUGCUCCGUCUAUUGUAAAGUCCAAGAUACAUGUGACGGUCACUACACAUGCGAAGUCAACACCGGAAAUGUGGUAUGCAGUGCCAAUUGGGCGGGAGAUACUUGCACUGAGAGGCCCAUAGGAUACAGUGAAUGUCCCAUGAAAUAUGACGAUGCCAUCAUUCCCGGAUCAGGGUUUCUUGGGACAUGGGUAGGAUCGUUUGACUGUAAUAGUGUUGAAUACAGUACCAGGAUGGAUAUAUCUGAUCUAGGAGCCCUAGGUACUCAACCAAAGGGAGUGCUAAAGUUUUGGAACACUGAGGCUAUGGUCAAUGGUUCACAAGAAAUUAUGGGCACUUUAAGUAUGCAAGGCUCAUUCACAUUGAUUGGAUUACAGUGGAUCAAUAAACCAGAUGAUCAGACAGUUCUUUUUGUGUUGGGUGAUGGGAAAUUUGAUGACGCAGAACAAACAAUAUCACUGGAAUUUAAAGCACUAGGCUUUUGCACCAGUGAAAUUACUACCCUUUAUAGGCCAAAGAACACUACCAAGGAGUGUCAAAAUGGGGGAGUUUGUGUAAGGAAUGGCACUGGGGAGGA